AUGUUGGAACAGUUGAAUAUGGCUAUGGCACCUCCAACGACACCCCAAGUGCAAAGCGCUUUCGACAUUCUGGGCAAAACCCCAACUUUGCAGAGUGCACCUCCAAGUGAUAGCAAUGCUGUGAUAAUGAAAGCACUCACUGCUGCGUUGACUGGAGAUCGCAAGACUUUGCCAGCUUGGUCGGGUGCCCCAGAAACGUUGCGUAGUUGGUUGAGGCAAUUGUCGCUCUGGGAACUGGAUAACAACACCCCAAAAGAGCGCUGGGGUUUGAAGAUCAUGCAGAGUUUUCCAGAACAAUCCAUUCCCCGUCGACUUUGCGAAACUAUUGACAUUGGCAUCCUGUCGAGCCCUCAAGGGUAUAGUGCAGUGCUGUCAGCUAUCCUCCAGAAAUAUGGGCCAUACAUUGAAGCAGCAGCGCCUGCAGCCAUUGAGAACUUCUUCUAUGCUGGAGAGCGCCAGAGGGGAGACACAUUCUCCUCAUACAUAGCUGCCAAAGAAGUGGCCUUGCAAGAGCUGGAGAGCAAUCUAGGUGAGAAGCUGCCGUCGAAAGUUGCUGGACGAAUCUUGUUGAGACAUGCUGCGUUGACAGAUGUACAGCGGGAAAGUUUGGCGAUCAAGUACCAGGCGAUGAUGACUUUUGACCAAGCUGCUUCGGCCUUGAGGCCAUUGGACCGCCCUGAGGCUCUCAUCAACAAGGUGGCAAAGAACUUUGUCACUGGGGCUACUGAGAGUCACAGAGAGCCGUCCUACUGGCCGGAUGAUGAGGAGUUUGAAGAAGAUGACGAGGAACUGUUGCCCGACGACCCUUGGGCCGAAUCUCCAGAGGCUCCUGAGGUCGAUGAAGAAAUCCCCACACAUUUUCUGCUGUUUGAUCCUGAACAAGAGUAUACAGAAGAAGAGGCUAACUACAUUUGGGCCUACAGCAGUGCGUAUAAGGACAUCCGGAAGGAGCUUCAGGGAAGCGUUGACAAGUUAGUUGAGUCGCAUGACAUUGAGCAGUUGUCGACAGCACGUUGUGACACUGAUCACAUGCAGCCACAUAGUGCAUUGCGAAUGCCUGAGACAAAGGCCUUGCAGGUCUAUGCUGGAGUGGUGACUGAAGCUGGUGAAGGUAUUGUGGACACCGCCGCAGAGGAGGGUGUCAUUGGUUCCACUGCAAUGACCAAGUUGAGGGCCGCGCUGAUGAGGUUCGGACUUCAACCAGUUCCGGCAGCAGGCACCACUGUGUGCGCAGGCAUUGGAGGCAAUGCAAAGGUUGCUGGUGUUUUCGACGUGCCUUUGGGCAUCUGCAAGUGCAAUGUGUUGUUGAGGAUCACGGAGAUCCAGGAUGAGCCUCAGUUCACGACACCUCUGUUGUUGCCGAUUUCAUUCAUUGAGUUGGUUGGAGGUAUCGUUGAUACCAAGCGGAACCUUUUUCUUAUGGCCAACGGCCGCAAGACACCUAUGCGGCGAACGCCGUCCGGGCACCGUGCGAUUUCGGUGCUAGAGUUCAAAGGGCGAUGGACUCUACCGCCCAUGUUGUGCUCAGAGCUUGGCAUCGGAGACUCCUCUCCUUUUCAUUUGGAGCGACAGUCCGGUGACAAAAGGAAUCCGGUGCAACAGCCUGGGGUCGCCGUUUGGUUGAAGUUACAAGGUUCUUCGGCAAUGGUAUUCAUGGGGGCCCUUCCACCUCGCAAGACCAUGGUUCACCCUUCAGAGAUCUUCAAUGCCGACCAGGUGAACCUUCUCUCCCGUUUUAGGUCAACCCACGCGGUCUUCGAGGAUUCGGGCAAGUUCAAUUGGUAUGAAGCCUGGACUAUUCCCCAACAACGCCAACUCCCUUUUUGGCCGGAAGCACCCCGGCAAGCCACCAACAGCAGGAUCAAGGUUCGACUCAAGUGCCUUCUCGAGCCAACCAUGAUCAAUCGGCUCACACAAUGGCGUGCUCGGGAGGACGAAGAGGACCUCCAGACGCCAAAGCCGAGGUGCAUGGGUCAGGCAAAGACUUUGAGCGCUUGGCAUCGGCUUGCUCUCAAGAUCGUCACUUUGAUCAUCCACUCCACAAGGCAGUCAGCCAUGGAUUACUUGCUGAACAAGAGCAAGACCCCAGUGGCCAAAGCCAAGAGCACAUCCACUCCCAAGAAGGAGACGAAGACCAAGCAGGUGGGAGAUGGCAAAGUGCGCAGGGGACUCGGCCAAGAGCUGCCUCGCUCCAAGGCCAACAAAACAUGGGCACAGGAACCAACCACAUGUGCCCACGACGAAGACAAGCUCCGAAUGCGCGCUGGGCGUGGCCAACACUGGUGGACCUGUCUCGAUUGUGGAGCGCGAUGGCAAAGGCUCGAGUGGGAAAUGGACAAGGCUCUGAACACUGGAGCAUCUUCCUCCCAGGACGCUCCCACUCCGGUGGAACAAGAGAUCGUGUCCUAUGCCAAGAACCCCCCAAGGACUUUGCCAGGACCUCGACAUCGACCAGAAGUACCAGCCUUGACCUUGGAACCAGUGCCAGACACCGAGGAAGAGCAGAUGACAGCCGACCAGAGACUGGAAGCCUUGUUGAGACAGAGUGCAAAGACUCAAGGGAGAGACACCCAGAAUGUGGCUGAGCUUCCCACGUCUCACGACUGCACUACGAGCACUACGAUGGAAGACUCAAGCCCAAAACCUUUUUGCUUGAAGAGCUCUAUGACCUUACCGAGCUCUAUUUCUCCGAAGGCUAAGCCACCUCAACCGCGGCCGAUGCCAAAGGCAAUCGGGCCUUCAUCCACGUCGAUGAGCACGUCCCAGACGAGAUCGGCGGUGGCAGCCCUCACUGCAUGUGUCACUAUACUUUGCUUCGUUCCCGGUUCAACCUGUCAUCUCGACUGGAUUGGACCUCGGCUGGAGGCCACUGGAAAGAAGCAAGAAGAAUUCGAGUUUCUUCUGAGCACCAGCUGCAAAGAGCUGGGCCGAACUGAUUUUGAUGGAGAGCCCAAGUCACUUGAACGAGGUCAACGACAGUACUUGGUUGGCCACCUCAAACACUUCAACGAGGUGAUCGGGGAAGUCUACAGUCCACCACGAUGCACAAAGGAAGCCCGCAAGCAGGGAUUCAAAGCCUCCAUAGCCAUGGACCUUUCCACCGGUUGGGACUUUCGGGAGCCAAAGGAUCGCCGACGUGCCCUACAAUGCAUCGCCGAGAAAAGACCUGCCGUGCUGGUCCUCAGCCCUCCAUGCACAGCAUUUUCACGAUUGCGAGCUUUGACGUCGUUCAAACGUCGCGAAGCAGAUGUGAGAAAGGAGUUAGAGGAGGCAAUGACACAUAUGCGGUUUUGCAUAUCCUUGUGCAAGUUGCAACAGAAGCAGGGGCGAGGAUUCAUCCUCGAGCAACCCCGAGAUGCGACAUCGUGGACGAUGCCUGAGAUGGUAUCCCUGUUGGAGGAGCCCGAGGUCUAUAGACUGUGCCUCGACCUUUGUCAGUUCGGUCUCCGAGCUACCAAAGGACCAUACCAAGGGCAACUCGUCAAGAAGCCCACAGCUCUUAUCUCCAACAUCCCCGAACUAGCCAAGCACGUCGAGAAGAAGUGCGACAAGUCUCAUGCCCACGGACAACUCCUUGGCGGUGCGGCCAAACCAGCAGCUGAAUACACACCCAGCUUCGUUCAGGCCAUUCUCAACGGUGUGAAGGAAGUACUGGGUUUGAAAGUCUCGACUCCAACCUCCAAGUCAGCAUCGACAAGCCACUGGGUCACCUAUGGUCGAACCCUCGGUGCUGCCGCUCGCAACUACGCCACAGACCAAGUGGAACUUGAGGAAGAGGUGUUCUUGGCCUACCAGAGCUUCGGGCAUCGGUCAAGUUUCCCUGUCAAUGUGGAGGAAGAUGUGGACAUGGAGGAUGUUCUUGGAGAAGAGGCACCAAGACCUGAGGAACCAGAGGAACAUGAUGCUGUGUCGGCCGUCCGUCGUGAGCUCCGAGGGCUUCAAGACAAUCCAGGAUUUGCCAAAGCCAUGCAAGAAGUCGAAACAUUUGAAGACAUGAACGAUGAGCCAAACACCCUUGCCCCACAACUUCGACGAGAAGUGCAUCGAGUCCACCGAAACAUCGGCCACCCAGGAAAAGAAAUCUUCUUGAGAGCCUUGAAGAAUGCAGGUGUUCGUGAUGAGAUUCUGCAAUGGACCAAAGCUCAUUUCAGAUGCCCAACCUGUGAGGCAAGAACUCGACCAAGUCCGGCCAGACCCGGACACCUUCUUCGUGCCCUCGAGUUCAACCAGGUGGUCGGCGCGGACUUGUGCUUUGCAGACCUGUUCAACGAGCAGGUGAUUCUCCUCAACGUUCUUUGUUGGGGAACAAACUUUCAACAAGCCUACAUCUGCAAGGACAAGUCAGCUGAAGAAGUCCUGGAAGCAUUUAUGAGAUGCUGGAUACAACCAUUUGGGGUGCCCAGCCUCUUAGUCCUGGACCGAGGCAAAGAGUUCGACAACCACCUCUUCAAGCAGACAGUGGGAGGACUGGGGGUCGGGCUACACUAUACAGACCCUCAGUCGCCAUGGCAGAACUCGAGAACAGAAAAAGCAGGAGGACUUCUGAAAGAGAAGCUGCGGUGCACCAUCCAUGAGACCACGGCCUCUCGAGAGGAACUCCAAGUCGUACUCGCCGAAGUGGACUUCACGAACCGCUCAGCCUGGGUCUCCAUGCGGGGCCGACUGUGGAAGGCCAGCCGAGAGCAGAUCAGGCCAGCAACGCCUGAGGAAGAGUUAGGUGCUGAACUGAUUCUGGAGUUGUCGCAAGAAAUGCUACAGAAAUUGAAGAAGCCAGGACAGAUAGUCUACCAAGACAUCACUCAGGAGGACGGUCCGGCUGAAGACGACUUGGACGGUGAUGCGGUGCGACAGGUGUUGCGGGUUCGAGAAAACGAUCCUCAUGGUGAACCACACCCGGCUGCACCUGCACCAGCACCCGUCAGCCAGACCGACAGCACCCACCAGCCUGAAGACGUGGAGAUGGAUAGCGAGGAGCCAUCGUCCCUUCCAACCACUUCACUCAACCCAAGUCGAAGAGUGAGUAUCCUAGAACCCACUGAGGAGAGACUCCCUAUGGAAGGCAUCGUCGAAGAAGAAGGAGCAGCGCCAGAGGCUUCCGCCAGUGAACAGCCUCGAAGAGUCAUCAGAGUGGAUGAAAAUGUGGAUGGAGCCAUGACAUUCGGUCCCAUCCGCAGAUCAGACGGUCGCCUGACAGAGGUCCCAGAGACCCCUCCUGUUGGAGCGCCAAUGCCCUACCCAAUGAAUAGAGGGACGCCGCCACUUCCAAGACCACCUCCCAGUUCCUACUACAUCGAGGUGAUAGACUUCGACAAGGAUGAGGACCUGCGGCACUUGGGAGUGAGAGCGCCCUUCAUUGGCGCAACUUGGAGAUUUGACCGUGAACAAAGAAAGCCUGUCCUUCUUCCACGAGCCUUGUCGGAUGGUAAAACCUUCCACGGGGCAUAUGCCGAGGCCUCCUACUGCUACCGAGACAAGUGUCAUUAUGUGACCAAGUCCAAAGCUUCUUUUGGUCAAGUGCAGUUUAGCAAACUGGACGAGAAAGAAAAGGAAGUUUUUCGGAAAGCAAGAAAGAAGGAGUUGGAUAGUUUGAUUUCCAAUGGAGCCGUCCGAGUGCUUUCCUUGUCUGAGAGUAGAGCUUUCGAGCGGGAUUUUCCAGACCAGGUCAUCGAUUCCAAGUUUGUUGACAGAUACAAACCAAAAGACAUCGGCACGGACACCAUCGAAGAAUACAAACGUCGUGCAAUUCAAGAGGGCAGACCAGACGGCGCAGCGGCUGCCAGCAUCUUGGCAUCCGCAUUCCCAGACCCAUGUGUCAGUCACAUCAACGCCGCCAACGACAUGGUCAGGACGGUGAUCCAAUCGGAUAGCAUCCAGAUGAAGUCCAUCGAGGAGGGCAUCCGCGAGGGCAUCGCCGAACUGUUCUGGGGCACCCUGCGGCAGGAUGAGAGCGGCAAAGUCGUGGGUUGGGAUUGGUGCAAGAACCGCCCCUCGUGCAGUCCGCCUGAAAUCACGGACUGUCCACCCUCCGAGCUGUACACCUAUGUCUCCUUUUGCAAGAAGAUGCAUACGGAGAAGGACCAGCAGAAGAUCAGUAUUCGAAGCUUUCGCUUGGUCGAAGAUGACGAAGUGAGGGCCGAAAUGAUGAAGGUACUUGACUUGGCCAUGAAGAAGUUGCAGCUACCAGCCGAGGCAGGCUAG